AUGGGCUACAACACCAGGAGGAAGUCGCUGUCGCUCCCGAUGCUCGGCAUCCAACUGCCAAACAGCUCGCGAUCCUCGUCGCACCGCUCACCGCCCUCAACCACGCCCGCAUCCGAACAACCGCCGCAGAAGAAAAUCAAGCGAUCGCACACGUCGAGCGCGUCGCCCGCGCCCCUCAGCCCGCCUGCAACCGCAGCACCCAAGUUUCGCGAAGAUCGCUCCAAGAGCUCGGGCAGGCCCGCAGAGCACACUCCGCCCCCGUCGCCAGGCGCCGAGGGCGUCUCGAAAAUCGACACCGAGGGAAUCAACGAUGACAUUGUCGUCGCCGUCAUAAAACAGCUCGAGGAGACCGGCAACCGUCCGCACCUCCUGAAGGAGCUCGCUGCCGUGCUUGCCCCGCAGCUACCCAUCGUCGAGAGCUCUGCAAACCCUUCUGCUAUAAUUUCAUCGCGCUUGACUACCUACAUCCGCCGGCCCUGGACCGCUCUUUCGCCCUGCCCAGUGGGAAGAGAACUCGUUGGCACGCACCCCAAGCGCAUCUACUUCUUUCUCACCACCACUCCUCACCAGCCGAUUCCCGAGCCCAACGAGGCUUCAGCAAACGCCAACAUUCCGUCGCGCAUAAUCUCGCCAUCGCUCUCUUCUGCCGCAGAUGACUCGGAAGAGGACGAGCGCGACAGGCGGGCCCGCUGCGCAAUGUCACCCUCGCCUGAGGUUGAUCUUUCGUCCCCGGAGCUCGACAACGAGAGCGAUACCACCACUUUUUCCGGACGCAGCUCGCUGAUGCGCGAUGCCCCCCCGACCAACAUGGCACACAACAGGCGCGCCGCCAGCCCACCGCUCGAGAGGGACGAGCGGGAAUUCACUGCUACGGCUUCCUCGCUACAGCAGCGUAACCGGAAUCAACAAUCAGAGAAGUCGAACGUCUCAGAUGUUCCUCCGUCGAGCAACACGGACGAUGAAAGCCUCCGUCUUGCAAAUGAGCCCGAGAGCGAGGAGAGUGCAGCUCUGCGUAAUUCGGAGGCUGCAGCACUUCUUUUCGGCCAGAGCGUUGAGAGUAACUCCUCGGCUACCUCUUCCGCUAUGGAUUUCGGUGUCAGCAGUCCGGUGCUCAAGCCUGUUGAUCAUGCACUGCACCCCAAGACGGAUGCGAUGGAGGACGUCCGCGUCGUCAAUGACGACAGCUGGGUUUGGUCCGACUGGAAGAAUCCGGAAUCCAUUGAGUUGGAUGAGCUGGAUGACCUGCUCGGCGACUACUAG